CACGGUAACGGCAUGGCGGAAAUUUCACGUGAGAUUCUACGCUGGCUUCUUUCUUUAAAUAUAAAUGUACACCACGAGAAACUUAAAUGGUGCGUUUCUAACGGAUUAUUGGUGGCUGAAAUAAUACAUAACUACUAUCCAAAGUCAGUAAACCUUCAAAAGUUUAAUGACGGCCAAGGCAUCACUGUUAGAUUAGAAAACUGGAAAUUAAUAAAUGAGAUUUUUCGUCGUCUGAACAUUUAUGUGCCGCAAGAUAUUAUCGAAGGGGUUAUAUUUAACAAAAGUAAUGCAGCGGUCAUCCUCUUAACUUUACUCUAUGAAUUACUCACACGCAAAAAAACGGUGCAGAGUGUGACUUUCGACCCAACAGACCUCGAAUAUCAGUGUUCCCUUCCAAUUCACGCCAGAUCUUGUUUGGCUAAAUUCAUCAAGGAUAAUGUAUCCUCUUCAGAAUUGGAGACAAAACCGGAUAUUUUCACCAAUAAAAAGAAAGUAAAACAUCUUUCUGAAUAUAUAUUUGCAAAAUUAAAACAGUAUCAGUCUUUAGUGUUAGCCUACAGAACCAUGAAAAUAACAGAAAGAAUGAACGAACCAUGCAGAUAUCGGGUAUUUCGGCCGCUAGGACUGCAGUGUCGGCGUUCCGAACGAUCUGAACUCCGUGAAAUCAAUAACAACAAGGAAGCAGACACCGUACUAAAUGAUACACAGACGGAAGAUACUGUAAUAACCAUUCAACCGAAACAACAAGCGGUUUUCCAAUGAACCUUAUUUUAACAAGUCAAUAAUUGUAUUAGCAUUAACCCGUACACC